AGCGGAUCGCCUUGUUUGGUCCGUCCGGCUUGCCGUACAAUAACAAACAUGGCGUCGUCUGCGGAUGUACACGUCCGCAUCUGUGGCCAAGAAAUAAUCAAAUAUGACCUGGAGAUCAAGGCUCUCGUUCAGGACAUCAGGGAUUGUCCUGGACCUCAGUCUACUCUUAGGGAGCUGAACUCUCAAGUCAAAGAGAAGUUCAACCAGCUCAGGCUCAGAAUACAGGAUCUGGAGCAGAUGGCCAGAGAGCAGGACAGAGAGACGGAGAGACUGGCCAUCCAGGCCGAGACAGAGAGUCAGAGAAGGCAAAUGCAGAGUAACCAGACGGCGUGGAGGAAAUCUAACCUGGCUUGCAAACUGGCCAUAGACCACAUGGAGAAAGACGAGCUGCUGCUUGGAGGAGAAACCCCCGGCACCAGACAGAGGAAGGCGACUAAAGAAAACAUUGUGGAAAACAGCAGCAGCAUCACGGACAGUCUGAUGUCGAUCAGCAGAUUGAUGUCUGAACAGGUGAAGCAGAGCGAGGACACCAUCGGCACACUGGCCACCUCCUCCAGGACGGUGCAGGAAACCAAUGAGGAGUUCAAAAGCAUGACAGGAACCAUCUACCUGGGGAGGAAACUGAUCCUCAAGUACAACCGGCGGGAGCUGACGGACAAGCUGCUCAUCUUCCUGGCCCUGGCGCUCUUCUUCGGUACCGUCCUCUACAUCCUGAAGAAGCGCCUCUUCCCCUUCAUCUAGCCAGCCGGCCGGCUCGCUCUGUCACCUGCUAACAACAAGAAUGUCUUCCAGGUAUUUUACUCAGCAAGGCGUUAACUGGCAGGUGUGCGAUGGACUCCAUCGGGAGAUGGAAGCAGCAUUGAAACUGGAAUAUUGCAAAUAGAAACUGUGCCAAGGGGAAAUGUUGUUCCUUGGUCAGCAGCCUAAUUUUGAUCUCAAACAAGAUGCAACAUGUGGAUUUAUAAAACUGGUAGGGUGGGUUUUGUUGGAUUGACUUAAGAGUUAAGAGCACAGUGAUUAAAACUGGCAUUAUGAGGUUUACGCAGCCACAGUGAACAUCGGCAUGCUUCAACAAACUUGAUCCUAGGUAGUGUUGGACACACCUAAGGCUUAAACUUGUUGUAGCCUGCUGUAAGAAUGCUCUCGUGGUGACAGGAGGAGAAAAGAGCUUCAGGAGAAUUGUAAUUGUAUUUUGUAAAUUUGCAUUUCACACCUCUGCCAACCUGAGAAGAAGAUGUGGCAUGAAAAGGGCACUUUGAAGCAUAGUGAGGCGCUAAUACUCUAUCUGGUCUUCAGAACUAACCAGGAGUCAGGGCUAUAGUUUGCACUAACCUUUUGUUUUGUGUACUUAUUGUCAAAUUACAGUCUGUGCGCCCGUGGGUGUUCAAGAGAAAGGGUGUGUGUUUGUCUGCCGUUUCAAAGACAAUGUUGUUAACCUUGUCAAUGACUAUUUGUAUGUUUAACAGAAGUUUGAAUAAAGUCCUUAUAUUCAAAAUA